UUUCAGAUCAAAUUGUUCAGGUUGAGGCGAAGAAGCCUUUUCAUUUGUCCAUCUUUUCAUAUUUAUCUUGAUGAAGAUUCAGAUCAAAUUGUUCAGGUUGAGGCGAAGAAGCCUUUUCAUUUGUCCAUCUUUUCAUAUUUAUCUUGAUGAAGAUUCAGGUAACCCUAAUUAGUAAUUUCCUUAUAUAUCGUCUCUGUCAUAGGAAGAAUUCAUGGCAGAGGUUGGAAAGGAGAAAAGGACUGGAGUCGGUGAAGCAGCAGGAAAUUCUACUACUGUUGACCGCAAAAGGAAAAGGUCUGCUUCACCAGCUGGAAGAACUGAAGACAUAUUACCACUACUGAAGAAGUUGGCAUCACCAGUGUUUGAUUAUCUCCCUACAAACAAAGAAGUCAUAUUAACGGAUUUAGUAGACUUUUUGAUCACCACAGCUGAACCAUUAGUCGAAAUGGUUAAGAAAAGUGUGAGCACUCCUGUGGAUAAUGAGUGGGAAUGGGAAGAAAUUAUUGCAGAAGAGAACAGUGAGGAGUGGGAAUGGGAAGAAAUUAUUGCAGAAGAGAACAAUGAGGCGUGGGAAUGGGAAGAAAUUAUUGCAGAAGAGAACAACGAGGAUGUUAGUUUCAUUUUGAAAGAAGAUGAGGAUAAGAACAUCGAUAUUGAAUCCACAAGAAAACAGAUUGAAGAGCUAUUACCAUUCUCAGUAUUGAUGAAACUGGAUGGCGAAGAAGCAAGAAUAGCAGAUUAUUUUGAUGUGAUUGCCGGCACUAGCACUGGCGGCCUGGUGACAGCCAUGCUAACUGCUCCUAAUGAAAAAAACCCUGGAAGAACUGAAGACAUAUUACCACUACUGAAGAAGUUGGCAUCACCAGAGUUUGAUGAUCUCCCUACAAACGAAGAAAUCAUAUUAAAGGAUUUAGUGGGCUCUUGGAUCUUCACAGCUGAACCACUAGUGGAAAAGGUUAAGAAAAAUAUGAGCACUCCUGUGGAUAAUGAGUGGGAAUGGGAAGAAGUUAUUGCAGAAGAGAACAAUGAGGAGUGAGAAUGGGAAGAAAUUAUUGCAGAAGAGAACAACGAGGAUGUUAGUUUCAUUUUGAAAGAAGAUGAGGAUUAGAACAUCGAUAUUGAAUCCACAAGAAAACAGAUUGAAGAGCUAUCUAUUUAACCAGAAAAUCAAUAUGAGAGUCCAAUGAUGGAAGUGGAUGAAAUCCAAGAUGACUAUUGAAUCACUAAGAUUAUCAUGUGUAUUUAUUAGACUUUCAAAUGUUAGAUAAUUAGUAUAUGUUGUUUAUCUAAUUAGAUAAUUAGUAUCUGUUAUUUAUUUAAUUAGAUCAUUUGUAUUUGUUGUUUAUUUAAUUAAGCCUUAGUAGAUUAAAAACUAUAAGGUGGAAAAUGUUUAUUCAGCUUGUAAAUACUCCUUGAACCUUUAUUCAACUUGUAAAAUGUUCAGCAAUUUUUCAUGUAAAUACUAUUAAAAUACUCCAAAAUUA